CUCUUACAAUUGUGGUGAAAUUUCAUUAUUGGUAGUUUACUAAUGCAAGAACAGUUGUAAAGAGGUGAUGAAAGUCCUGCAAAUACAUCUAAAAAGGAUCCGAAUAAAGUUUUUAAAAAGUUGAAAAUUUCAGAGUAUUAAUAAGUAAAAAUGACUGAAGAUGAAAACAUUGCAAAACAAAUGAUGACGACAAGAUCCCAUAAUAAAGAAAAAAACGUACACAAUGAAGUACAUUUACCUGAAGGCGACCGGUUACAAUUGCAACAGCGCAUAUCAGAAUUCAUGGCCGGUACAGAAGUUGAGUUGAUUAUUCCAGGGUUAUCCAAUGCCCAAAGGAAAUAUGCUCAUAAAUAUAUUGCUCGCCUUGGACUAUUGUCAAGAAGUUAUGGCUCGAAAAAUAACCGCGUAUUACAUAUUACACACCGUAAACGUCUAAAAUCAUCAGGGUGUUUACAUAAAGUUGAAUUGUCGUCUGCUAGUCGAUCGGUAUUGGAAAAAUUACAUUUAUAUGACACCCCUUCAACUGAGAGAAACGCAUUUGAACGUCGGCAACGUCUACAAAAAAAGAACCGACUGCGUAGCGAGGCCCUAUUAGGUGGAUUGGGACCACGUCUUGUGCCACCCCAUCCAAAGCGCAUAUCUACCGAGCUUUAUCGGGACAAAAGAGAACUUCCAAUUUACUUUUAUCAAGAUGAGAUAAAUAAAAUUUUGAAAGAAAGUCACGUUUUUAUUAUUAGUGGGGAAACUGGUUCGGGGAAAACCACCCAAGUGCCACAAUAUAUUUUAAACGAUAGUACGCGUAGAAGUCGUCCAUGUAGAGUAGUCGUUACACAACCGAGACGAGUAGCAGCAGUUUCUGUUGCCAAUAGAGUGGCAGAAGAAAGGGGUGAACAAAUUGGAGAUACUGUUGGUUAUCAAAUACGUUUGGAAAGUCGCGUUCAGAAAAAUACAAAUUUAAUCUACACAACAAGUGGUUGUCUACUACGAUCCAUAAUGACUGAUGCGAAUGAUUUCUUUCGAAAAAUAUCUCAUUUAGUAAUUGAUGAAAUUCACGAACGAGAUAAGUACACUGAUUUUAUACUUAUAACCAUUAAGGACCAACUACGAAAAAAUAAAGAUUUCAAAGUUAUUCUAAUGUCAGCUACAAUGGAUAUAAAUUUAUUAUCAAUAUACUUCGAAAACUGUCCAGUGGUAAAUGUACCCGGUCAGGGUUAUAAUGUAAAAAUUUUCCACCUUGAAGACAUUCUUUAUAGAACGGGCUACCGAACCGCUUUAAUGGACAAAUAUUUACGCUCAAUGAACGAAAUCGGCAUAGCAAAGUGUAGGGAAAUAUAUACGAACACUGACAAAGAUGAGAGCAAAUCAAAUGGAAUGCAAUCAAAUAUAAAUGAUACACAUUUACAACUCAGUUUAGAUACCCUCAUUGAUCAGUGCUUUGCUGAAAACUACCAAUACGAAGAGGAAUUAUUCGCUUUGUUUGAUCAAAUUCAGUAUUUUAUUGAAAGUGAAGGUAUGCCAGUAGAUACGAUGCAUUCACGAACAGGAACAACCGCACUUAUGGCAGCUAGUAAAUGUAAUUUGCCAAAAUAUUUGAAACUAUUUCUGCAUCAUAAAGCUAAUGCCCAUCUAGUUAAUGUCGAAGGCUUUACUGCUCUCGAUUACGCGAACAUGCAUUCGGAUAAAAGUUGUACGAAAAUAUUGCAAAGUCUGGAUACCGUUCAGAAAGAACAAAUGAUAUUAAGCGAAGAAUUGCACGAACAGCAACGUAUUUUAUAUGCCUAUCAGAAGCAAUUUAAUGAUGAGAAUGAAGUUGAUCAUGAUCUGAUUUUAUCACUAAUAGAAGGUCUUUAUCGUAGUCCACACCCUGGUGCUAUCAUGGUAUUUCUGCCAGGAUACAAUGAUAUAGUGCAACAAAGAGAUCUUAUUCAAAGUACACUUCCAGUUAAUACAUUUCGGAUAUGUAUUCUUCAUGGUCAGAUGGAUUCAAACGAUCAGAUUGAAGCCCUGCAAAGACAUUCAGUUCGAAAAAUAAUACUAUCUACAAAUAUUGGGCAGACGUCAAUAACAAUACCAGAUUUGGCCUACAUUAUUGAUUCGGGAAAAGUUAAAAUGAAAACGCAUGAUUCAAUAACGGAAUCGUCUCAACUUCAGUCAGUAUGGAUAUCAAAAGCAGACGCAAAUCAACGGUCUGGACGUGCUGGUCGGACUCAAAAUGGUGUUUGUUAUCGAUUAUUUUCUACGGCAACAUAUGAGUAUAUGCCGAAGUUUAGUGUUCCCGAAUUUAUGCGGAUUCCCUUGACCGAAAUUUGCUUAUACGCAAAGACGCUAGAUCGUCAAAGCGAUGUACAAUCAUAUUUAGCUCGUUCUUUAAACCCUCCCUCAAACGUAAGUGUACAGAAUGCUAUUAAAAAACUGCAAAUACUAGAAGUGUUUGAUGGCGAUGAAAACGUUACGGAGUUAGGCAGACAUCUAGUUGAAAUUCCCUUAGAUGUUCAGCUUGGCAAAUGUUUGAUGUACGGAAUUUUUUUAAAAUGUUUUGAUUCUAUAUUGACAAUUGUUGCUUAUCACUCUGUAAAAGAUCCUUUCAUCUUACCAACAGACCGUGCAGCCCAAGGUCCUGCUUCAUUCCAGCGUAAAUCUUUUGCAGGAAAGACUUUUAGUGAUCAGCUGGGUAUAUUAUUGUUAUAUAAAUCUUAUUGCUCGGUUCGUAACAAUAAAAAACGUGUUCGAGAGUUCUGUAGCAAAUACUUCCUGUCACACUCUGCUAUGGAAACAUUUUGCGCAACGCGACGUCAAAUAGCUGACUUGUCAUCACAAAAAUUUCAUGUUGGCCAAGAAGCAUCUCUAUUCAAUGAUGACUGGAAUAUUGUUCGUUGCUGUUUGGUUGCCGGCUUCUAUCCUAAUGUGGCAGUAAUUGAUCGUGAACAUAAAACUAUAAUAUCGGGGGCCGAGAAACGAUUGCUUCUACAACGGACGUCCGCAUUGAACCCUCCUGGUAUGAAGAAUUUUAAAGAAUUCAUUGAUGAGUUACCAUACGAUUGGGUGGUGUUCUAUGAAAAAACACGUGUUGGGAAAACUUGUUCCCUAAACAUGAACACUGUAGUUUCACCAGUAGUAAUUAUUCUUCACUGUGGCAAAGAUUGUUUACUGGAUGAAGAUAUAUCAGACAACUCUGAAAUAUCAGAUAACGAAGAAUCGCUUUUAGAAGAUAGUUCAGAUGCAAAAAUAAACGAAUUACUAAAUAAAAGCGUAACAACACUUUCAUUAUCAGAACCUACAGCAGCCAAUAACCAAAGCGCUAUAAUGUCUUUAGAUCAUUGGAUAAAAUUUGAAUUACCUACCAAAGACGCUAAAAUGCUCUUACAACUUCGAGUUCUAAUUAAAUCUCAAUUUGAAGCAUUUUUACGAAGUGGACAUUGUAUGCAAACAUCAACUUCAGUUUAUUGCAUACAAAAACUACUUCAUAGUUUAGAAAAUAUUUUUCCAACAUAAAUUACACUUGUUUUUACCUAUAUGUAUUGUAAUACUUAAUACCGCAAGUACUGUCUUCAUUUCGUAACUGUGUUAUGUAUUGUCAAUAUGAAAUUUUAUAUAUCCAUAUUAUGUAAAUACAUAAUUCAUUAAAUA